UAUCGGGUUGAUUAAGAAAACAUAAUCGUCUGGAAGAUGGAAUAUUUUCAUCUUUUCCUGUUGGUCGUUAUGGUAAUGAUGGUUUCUGAGGUCAAGGGUCACGGUCGAAUGAUUGAUCCUCCACAAAGGUCAACGGCGUGGCGAUAUGGUUUUGAUACGCCCCCAAACUUUACGGACAUGGGAUUGAACUGCGGAGGGACUUCGCAUCAGUGGAUUGUGAAUGGCGGGAAAUGUGGGGCUUGCGGGGAUCCCUACGACGCCGUACAAAAGCCCAACCAAACACCGGGAGGGAAGUAUGUAACGGGCACAAUUGUCCGGAGCUACGAAAGUUCUAAAAUUAUUGACAUCAAGAUUGAGCUCACUGCGUACCACAAGGGAUAUUUUGAAUUCAGAAUCUGCCCGCUGGAUCCCGGCAACGGCAAAGAGACGGAAGUUACGAUGGACUGCUUGAACGAGUACCAGCUGGAAGUUGGGAGAGCUGACCAAUCAGAAGACGAGUUUGUAACCAGGUACUCGGUAGAGGGUGACAAUGCGGUUGGGAGUCAAGGAACCGGGAUAUACAACCUCAAAGUGAAACUUCCGGAAGGGCUGGUGUGUAACUCCUGCGUGAUGCAGUGGAUAUGGCAUGGGGGUAACAGCUGGGGUUGCGACGCAGACGGUGCAUGUGGUUUAGGUAAGGGCCCCCAGGAGAACUUCUGGAACUGCGCUGACGUGGAAAUAACUAGUUCCAGUACGGCUUCCAUGACUCCGAGUCCGACGACUUACCGACCGCCUUCAACGACGAAAGCGACAACCCAAAUGCCGACGACCACAACAACCACUAAGAUGCCGACAACAACCAAGACACAGACUACCUUGAAGCCGACGACGACGCCACUGUUACCGACAACCACGACGAAAUCCCUGGACGACGACAUCGACACUUCGAGUUGCGUUGGAGCUUCCGGCACUUCCAAUUCGACCAUGGACGCCCUAUGCAAGAUCAUUUGUCAGGUACCGGAAGAUUGCCUACCGGAGAUGUGCAUUUGCUUCGAUUUCUGUCGCUCCAAGCUCCCAGCAUCUUUUUCUGACCAGACCUGCAAAGAUCUGUGCAGACUUUCCCCAGCAUAUUGCGAGUCCGACCUCUGCAGCUGCUACCAAACCGACGAUAUCCCGACGACAACACCGAAACCGCCGUCAAGCGAAUGUGACUGCGUCGGUGUAUUUCCGUUUGACGCGCCCUACAUGCACAAGUGGUGUUGCGACAACUGCAAACGAGGAAAUUGUCCAAAAUCUCACUGUGCUUGUACUAGCUAUUAAAAAAAUGCAGCGAAGUCUUUGUUUGUUUUGUUUUUACUGUAAGAAUUAAGUUUCUGAAACUGCAUCAAAUUCUUGUUUAUAAAACCAUAUUUGUUCACAUUCGUAUUAAAAAGAUUUUAAAUUCCAUAUUAUUUUAAGUGUAUACCAAUCAGUUUACAAAUGUCCACAAAGGCUAUGUUUGAAGCAACUCCUUCUUUAAACGGGCAGCAACAUUGAGCAUUGUUUAAACAUUCAUGUUUUUCUGUAAUAAACGUGUUUUAUUAUGUUG